AUGUCUUCCAACACCACACCGUCCUCAGUGACAGCAACAGCAACAGCGACAGCCACGGGCCGGAUCAACCUCGCUUCGCCAUACGAACCACCGCGUAGCUGCCAAUCGAACUGGAGCCAAACAAGCGUCAUCUGGACUGAAGAUUGGAGUUCUACGGUGCCCGUUCUGGUGUCGGACCCGAUCGCGUCAUGCUACCCGUCCGGCUGGGACGAUACCCAGGCGAAGAAUCGCUUCAGCUUCCGUCCAGCAGUUUGCCCUACUGGGUGGACCUAUUGGGAUAUGGGCAGGGUUGCAGAUUCUUCCGAGAUCGCUUCGACGGCCUACUGUUGCGAAAGGUUCCUUGCUAGUACACUGCUCCCCAAUCAAUGCGGACGAUGGAUAGAGAGCAAAGCAGAGGAGUCCGAGGAAAAUGGAGCGACAACAGCGACAGCGUCAGCCCUGGACCAGGAUGACAGCAUCAUCCCCCCUGACGGCACCCUUAUAAUCCACCAGGCCUGGGCCAUAACCUGGGCCUCAUCUGAUAGGACCCAUCUCUCACCACAGCCGCCCACGCUGACCAACAACGAGCUGAUUCCGUCGUGGAAACCACCAGAGUUCGUUCCUACCACUAGACCUGCGCAAGAGAAUCCCGACACGGGCCAACAGUAUAUUAGCAACUCUGCCGUGUGGUUUUUGAUGGUAGGAUUGCCUAUCAUCGUCGUGUUCCUAUUUGCUGGUCUCUGCUUCUGGGGUAUACGACGCCGGCGACGACGAGCGGCGGUUAUGACGCCCCAGGCUGGUGUCGGAGAUUCUUCUGCCAAAUCAGGUGGCCGGAUUACUUCGUAG